UGAAUCUAUUCCUUCGGACUCUUGAAGGACAAAACUCACCUUUUAAAACUUGAGUGCAAAUGUGAAAACAUCAAACCAAAGAGAUUUUUGUGUUUUGAAUCAUGGGUCGCGUUAAGCUUCAGAUCAAAAGGAUAGAGAACAAUACAAAUCGACAGGUCACCUUCUCCAAACGUAGAAAUGGACUUAUCAAGAAAGCUUACGAGCUCUCAAUCCUUUGUGACAUCGAUAUUGCUCUCAUUAUGUUCUCACCAUCUGGUCGUCUCAGCCAUUUUUCUGGAAAAAGAAGAAUCGAAGAUGUGCUUAGCCGAUACAUAAAUUUGCCAGAUCAGGAUAGAGGAAGCUUGGUUCGGAAUAAAGAGUUUUUGCUCAGCACCCUGAAGAAACUCAAAGCUGAAAAUGAGAUUGCUCUUCAACUUGCUAGUUCUACUACUACUAACUCAAAUGCGGAGGAAAUCCAACGUGAAAUCAGUAACUUGCAACAUCAGCUUCAAAUGGCGGAGGAACAAUUAAGGGUGUAUGAGCCUGAUCCCUGGACGCUCAAUUCCAUGGCGGAGCUUGAAUCAUGUGAAAAGAACCUAGAACAGGCUUUGACACGUGUUAAUCAGAGAAAGAAUUAUCUCAUGAGUAACCAUUUAUCUACUUUCAGUGAUCCGUCCACUGUACAGAUAUACUUGGAUUCACAAGAAGGGGAGCCAAGCUCUUUUGAAAAUGAGGUUGUGCGUUGGUUGCCAGAGAAUGGACAGAACCCAACUCAAUAUUGUGCAGGAUCUGAAUCUUCUUGUAUUCCUGUUAGGAACCAAUCCUCAAAUACCAUUUAUGAUCCUAUGCCACAUGGAGCAAAUAUGACCGUUGAUGCUUGUGACAUGGGCGGGUGCCAUGUCAGCACCUCAAGUAACGAUGGUCUUUCACCUUGGCAUCACAGCUACACUUCAACAGAGCUGCUUUCUGCCUUCAUGUCUCCUACAUCAUUUCCUCUAAUGAAGGAUAUUGCAGGUCCCAGCAUUCCCCAGGUUGUAGUAUCACAGCAGCAGGUUGAGACAGCAUCAAAUUGCCCUCAAAUGCCACCUACCGGUGAAGGUGCAAACUAUGAGAGCAACCUGCCGCAUCUUAAUUAGUAUAGAUUAAUUCAGUACCAUAAAUCGUGAAAUUUCCCUUAGGCUCGAUGAAUUUGGGUGGUCAAAGACCUGUUUGAAAUUUAGUUGUGCAUUUAAUUUUUUUUUUUGUGGAAGUUUUCAUGUCCAUUUAGAUAUUUUG